ACGUUCUUUAAACGCCUUGCGGCACCCAGCAUGGGACAACUGCUUCACUUCCCGGCUCCAGUCCCGGGUGGCUACGGCCGUUGCCAUAGCGACCAUUUUACGUUAACUGGUUUGUAGUUUUAUCCCGGUGGCUGCGCGGCACCGGGGGACUCUUCCCCGCUCCUCCUUGGCUCUUGGCGUCCGAGACGUUUCGGCGAGCCCCGGGAAUCUGGCCUGGGGAUCUGCGUAGCUGCGUGGGGGCGGAUGGCUGCCGAGGAGGACGAGGUGGAAUGGGUGGUGGAGAGCAUCGCGGGCUUCCUCCGGGGUCCUGACUGGUACAUCCCCAUCUUGGACUUCGUGGAGCAGAAAUGUGAAGUUUUUGAUGAUGAAGAAGAAAGCAAAUUGACAUAUACAGAGAUUCAUCAGGAAUAUAAAGAACUAGUUGAAAAGCUGUUAGAAGGUUACCUCAAAGAAAUAGGAAUUAAUGAAGAUCAGUUUCAGGAAGCGUGCACUUCUCCUCUUGCAAAGAUUCGAACAUCACAGGCCAUCUUACAACCUGUGUUGGCAGCAGAAGAUUUUACUAUCUUUAAAACAAUGAUGGUCCAGAAAAACAUUGAAAUGCAGCUGCAGGCCAUUAGAAUCAUUCAAGAGAGAAAUGGCGUAUUACCUGACUGCUUAACUGAUGGUUCUGAUGUGGUCAGUGACCUUGAACAGGAAGAGAUGAAAAUCCUAAGGGAAGUUCUUAGAAAAUCAAAAGAGGAAUACGACCUGGAAGAAGAAAGGAAGAGAAAAAAACAGUUACCAGAGGCUAAAACAGAAGAACCCUUUGUGUACGCUAAUGAAGCUGCCGAAAUGGGUAAUUCCCAAGCUGAUGGCGAGCAUUUGGUGCAGCCACCGUCAGAAGUUAAGUCACCUUUUGCUAAUUCAUCAGCACAAGCCUUGGCAAGAAAAGUGAAAAUGUUGCCUGAAACUUCCUCUCUUUCCCAAAAAGGCUGGAUGCCUGGCUUAGAACAUACACGCAUUGAAGGACCAAUAGCAAAUCUGUCAGCACUUGGAACAGAAGAGCUUCGACAACGAGAACAGUAUCUCAAGCAGAAGAGAGAUAAGUUGAUGUCCAUGAGAAAGGAUGUAAGGACUAAGCAGACUCAGAACACAGAGGAGAAAGGAAAACCUGCUGGGGAGGCAGAGGAAAUGACAGAGAAGCCAGAAAUGACAGCCGAGGAGAAGCAAACACUACUAAAGAGGCGAAUGCUUGCAGAGAAACUUAAAGAAGAAGUUAUUAAUAAGUAAUUUAAAACUUAGCAAAACAGAAGUCCAAAUUUUCUUAAAAAUAAAUUUAAUCCUUGAACCAA